CAAGCACAGGGAUUUCAGACCGGGAACAAACAGGAAGCGGCUGAAUUCAGAGAUCUUAAGUUUCUAUAUAAAAAAACAUAGUACCAAUCUUUCAAAUGGGGGUAAAAUACAAAGGUGAAUAACGCUUAAAAAGUGGAUUAAACGACGGCGCAUGAAAUGUCUCCGGGUUUGAACACGUAUGUAGCUUGUUAGCUUUUUAGGUUCCUUCCAUUUCCGCGUACACUGAGUUUCCCUUAUCGACCCACACCAACUUUUGAACACAGGACGUCCUAAUUAUCCUUCGUCAUUUUAUUCUUCAUCUUCUCGUCGUUUUUAAGAAGCUUGAUUGACGGACGUCAGCCCCACCCACUUUAGCAUGGACGGUGAAGACGCCCACAAUGGGCGUGCGUUGUCUGGAGCUCACUGUUCUCCUCUAGCCAGAAGUAUAAUAGGAGCAGAGGAUGAAGAGUUUGAGAAUGACCUGGACCCGACAGUGGAUGAUCAGUGCAGUCAUUUUAACAGCAUCGAAUUGUUGAAAAGCAAACCCACCCAUCUGCUGGUCUUCCUCCAUCACGUCAUCCUCCAGUUUGACUGUGCUCCUGUGUUGUCCUACCUGCAUGCUGACCUCUUCAGGAGCCUCAGUACCAAAGAGACCAAGAAACACUUUGUGGACUUCUACAACAAUUUCUUGGAUAAAGGAGCAAUUCUAAGAGUAGCAGUACCAUAUCAUAUAGCAUACGAGUUGGACCGUACGCGUCCAGACCUCAUCAGUGAGGACCAGCAGAAGCGAUUUGCUCAGGAAAUACAGAACAAUCAAACCAUGGAGGUCCUGCGACAGCUUGAAGACUUCAGGAAGAAAAGGAUGAUGGGAAUGACCCCGAAUGAACUUGAGCUGGCUGAGGUGGAGAAUCACUAUCCAACAGACCGUGUUCCCAGAGAAAUGAAGGAGAAAGCAGUGGCUGAGAGACUUCUAGAGAAGUUGACUGAAUCCAACCCUGCAAUUGUUGCAGAUGAAGAUAAAUGUUCUGCCAUUUUUGGUGCAGUUGGUUUUUAUAUGAAGCAACUUGGAGUGAAGAGCAGACCACCAGACAGCAAGAAGGGCAAAGGAUUUUUCAGGAGGAAGGUUCCAAAGAAGGAAGACAAGUCCAAGGUCCUCAGUAUCUUGAGGAUCGGAGGUAGCAGCAAUGAGGUCAAAAUGAAAUUGGACAACGAAGGCGAUAAGGACAGGAGUAGUGAACGGAGGAAUACUGCGAGCACCUUAGUACAUCGUGGCUCCACUACAGACGGAAGUGUAUUACCCAGCCCGGUUCGGAAACCUGCCGCGUCAGGACCUAGCAUCUCUCAUGGACCAGAGACCACUGAAGUGACGCACAGCAACAUUAUAGUUACCCCCAGUCCUGAAGCUUCCCAGCCUGAGACAGGUCAGACCAGCAGUCGUUCAGAGCAGUCUGUGUCUGACGGUGGAGACGUAUCUCCUGCGUGCCCCAAUGUCGAUAUUGUCUGGGAGCCUCCAGCUGCACCCGACGGCCCUGUAGAAGAGAGCCAUGAAAAGGACAGACGGAAGACAAGGAGUGUGCGUCGCAGUGAGAGUCUGUGUGUGGAACGCUGCCACUCUCGCCGAGGUGGCUCUACUCGGGCUAAACAAUCUCGUUCCCGUAGCGAUGUGGACCUUCAGUCAACUUCCACUUCCCAACCCCCUUCACCUUUUCCCCAGCCUGCCAGAUUAGGGGAUUCACCAGUAAUGCCAGUCGAUGGCCCUUUUAAAGGCAGUGGCUCCUUUACUCAGCAAGAGGAAGUGGAGCCCCGGCUCCUGGAAUUAGAGCAGGACCCACCCAACUGGAGAGAGCUUUCCUCCAGUGAGACUCUGAGUAAACUCACUAAGAAAGAGACAAAGAGGCAGGAAGUCAUCAACGAGUUGUUUGCAACAGAGCAUGCUCAUGUGCGCAUGCUGAGUGUACUGCAGACCGUGUUUUCUCGUCCACUGGAAAGAGAGGGACUCAUGGAACCUACCGAGCUGGCCGCAGUCUUCCCUAGUUUGGAUGAGAUUCUGGACAUGCACUAUGCUUUCUAUGAGAAUCUGAAGAAACUCCGCCAAGAUGAUGAUUAUGUGGUUAAACAAAUCAGCACUCUGCUGCUGAACAGAUUUAAUGGCUCAGAGGGCGAAUGGUUCCAGAAGCUCACAGCUCGUUUCUGUAGUCGUCAGUCAUGGACUCUGGUUCAAAUCAAGAACAAGCAGAAGAAAGAGCCGCGCUUUAAUGCCUUCAUACUGGAGGCAGAGAGUAAGCCACAGUGCAGAAGAUUACAGCUGAAGGACAUCAUCCCCAUUGAGAUGCAGAGACUAACCAAGUACCCUCUGCUGUUGGAAAACAUUGCCAAGAGUACAGAAGAUAAUUUGGAGAAGGAAAAUAUCCAACAAGCUGCCGAAUGCUGUCGAAAGAUCCUAAACCAUGUCAAUGAGGAGGUGAAAUACAUGGAGAAUCUUCUGACUUUAAGAGACUACCAGCGCAGGUUGGACACUUCAGGGCUGAAGCCCAGCAAUGAACUAUACUCAGAGUACAGGGGUAUUGACCUGACAACAAGAUCUAUGGUUUAUGAGGGGCCACUUACAUGGAGGGUGACUAAGGAAAAAACUCUAGAUGUGCAGGGUGUGUUGCUGGGAGACAUGUUGGUCCUUCUGCAGAAACAAGAUGAUAAGAUGCUCUUGAAAUGCCAAAGUAAGAGUAACAUUGCUGCCCAGGAAGGCAAACAAAUGCUCAGCCCCAUCAUAAAGCUGGAAUCGGCUUUCCUGCGAGAUGUAGCUACAGAUCGGAAGGCCUUCUAUGUUAUCUUCACCUGGGAGAGUGGAGCUCAGAUCUAUGAACUCGUGGCCCAGUCUGUUGCGGAACGAAAAAUAUGGACAGAUUUGAUAAAGUCAUCAGUGGAUGAGUUGAAAAAGAGCGCUGGUCAUACGCUGGAUAGGAUGAGGCUUGGCAGCGUGCCAAGUAACAGCUCUGCACUGGGAUAUACUGCCUUACUGAACCCCCCACUCAGCCCUACUGACAAUGGAACAGAUGUACUGAAAAACUCUGGUGGUCAAUAUAAGGACAGCCUGACAGAUGAAAAGUUCAGGCACACUCAGCCUUCACUGAUUGACUGCUUAACUGCCAAAGGAUUUGACCUACUGGCUUACAGCAGUGCUCGUCCCGAGCGCUCAGGAAGUGUGGCUUUGGAUGAAGUAAUGUCAUUGAAGACACUGUUACUCGGAAGUACCUGUCAGUCCUCGAAUGUCGAGCCUGAAGGAGAGAGCGGAGGAGAGUCAGCAAAGCAGGAGAAUGAUGACAGUCAAUCACAAGUGGAAGAGCACAAUAUGGAGUCACAGGAUGAAAAGACAAGGGGAGAAGAGCAGAAAGCAGUACUUGCUCCACUAGUGCUUUCAGAGGAGCAGAUAGAGGAGAUCAGCAGAAAACUGGAGAGUCUGGAAGACCAAGUGAAGAGACUACAGAAUGUGGAGGACGAGUAUCACAGGCUACAGGAAACCCUUGCUAAGUUCACUAUUCAAAGAGGCAACUACAACUGAGGAUCAUUCCAACCUGCUGGUCACUAGAUUAUCUAAAGCCCCAAGCUGAUGAUGUGGUGAAAGAGUCGCUUAAAGAAUUGAGAGAGAGAAAGAUUGUGUGUGUGCGUGUGCGUGUGCGUGUGCGUGUGCGUGUGUGUGUGUGUGUGUGUGUGCGUGUGUGUGUGUUUUAUGCAGAACUCUUGGCCCAAAACCCAAACGAAGAUGGUGAAAAUAGAAAAUGUGUACUCAUGAAAUAACAGGUCUUGAGCACACACAAGACAAAGACAAGGGUUGAAGGGGAUUGACAUCUGCUGAUUAUGUAUUUGAUUUAAAGUGUGAUGCUGGAGAUGUUUGUGUGAAAAUGGAGUUUUCUCUCUAAGCCACAGCCAUGUUUCUAUCACAGUGCAUCAGUUAUAGCUUAGCUCUGGUCACAUGAUCACUGUAGAUCUAUUCUGCCUUUAGCACGGUGGGGUGAGUAACAAUAUGUUCAUGUGAAUCACUUUGAUGAGUUCGAGUCCUUGACAAUCUGCUCUUUAGAAGAACUCAGCUGUAUUUUCACUUCUAUGCCUAAUUGUCAGAGCAGAUACAAAGGUGGGAAGUACUUUCUAAAGAGUAGCUUCAUUACCUUCACACGCAUCGGGUUUUAGACCAAAGAGAACCUAAUAGGCAGAUUUCUAGCAGUAAAUCUAAUAAAUAGAUCUGAUAAGAAUUAUUUAGCUUUUACAUAUAUAACCAGAUGCAACAAUAAGCACGGAGAACAAGAUUCAAAUGCACUUACUUCCCUUUCUUAUGUUCUAUGCACCUAUAUAAAUAGUGAUAAAUAGAUUAUAUAAGAAAGAAAACAUGAACCAUGAGACUCCUUCCAGAAAAAAUAAUAAUAAUAAUAUUUUCUCCUAUUUGAAACCAUUAUAAGUUUUCUUUGCUAAAUAUAAAAAUUAUUUUAGUGUUUUUUUUGUUUUGUUUUUUUCUCACCUUCUGACAAAGCAGAAUCAAGAAUUCAGCAGGGUAGAAAAAGGUAUACACAUUUAUCUCAGACUGUCCGUUUGUACAAAUAUCAUCUAGGCUGAUGUGGUGAAGAGCUCUGAAGGGGAUUUUCUUUUUGUAGCACGCUUGUACCACAACGAUUCGCGAUGAUCAUUUUUUUAUUUAUUAACGAACAUCACAUUUUUAACUGUUUAUAGUUUAAUGUUAUGGAACAUUUAUGAGAAAAGAGUUCCUGUUUUUUAUUCAUUGUUUUAGUAGUUAUAAACAGUCAUUCCCUCUGUAGCUUGCUGUUUUAAUUUUUACAUUUUUUUGUUUAAGUUCAUCAAACAAAAUAAUCCGUUACCCUGACUCCAAAAAGCACAACUUUCAAUGUCUAAUUAAAAAAAAAAUAACUUCACCACAUGAAUGAUUUGAUAUUUUUACUAGUUGAACAACACGUCAUUAUAUCUGUUUAUUAUUCCGAUUAGAUUAUGUGCCACAUCCCUGUGUAUGCCUGUGGUGUGAGCUGUCACUAAAGAAACAAUACAAGGACAUUUGAUGGUAGUCAUUUAAACAUGUAUAUCAUUUAUAAUAUGUGAGUGUUGAAGCCUGAACCAUCGUUAGAGCUUGAUACAGUGCUGGAAUAUUAUGUAUAUCAUUAAUCAUCACUUUCUGACAUAAAAUGGUUAAUUAAAUGUUAACAGUAACAG